CUGUUAUUGUUAUUCAGUAUAAACAUAUUUGUUAGGUAAAAUUUCCUUUGAUCAGACUUAAAACACAAUUAACAAUCGGAUGAAUACGAUUCGCCUGAGUAACUAACUGCUAACUGCUACGAGUAAGCUAACAUUUAACGAUAGGAAGUAGUUAGCAAAGUGUGAGAGCUAGCAUUACAUUGUUUCCAGCAGUACUAUAAUAUGUUUAAUAUAGUAAUAAUUGUCUCUACUUGCUGAUACCAGUCAUUUCCCAGGACUCCACGAUGUCAAGUCAAAGUGUGGAAGGCACGCCUUCCAUGAGAUAUGGAGAGCGUACUCCACUGAGAAGUGUGGAGAAUGCAGAGCAGAAUCUGUCACCUUCAUCCCUAAGACACAAGUCUAAAUCACUGUUUAACACCACAAAGAAGGAUGUUUCUCUUAAUCUGUACUCUCCCGCAUCAGCCAAUAUCACAUAUCCCACUGGUGCCACGACCGAAAUGACCUCCUGCAUACAAGGAGAUAUCACUUUUAAAUCCUUCAUCUGCUCUGGUGGAGAAGUUGAGCUUGUCCAGUCUUCAUUGUGUGCGAGAUGCGACGAAGAGAACAGCAUUGUGUUGCAUCAGGACCAGCAAAGUGUGUCUUACUGUUGCGACAAAGAUGACACUAUUGCCAGUGAGCUUGUGUCAUCGUGUGGCGAGCACACGGAGCACCCCUACUGCCAUCCCGCUAAUACCGAUGUCGGUGACGUUGGUGUGGAUAUUACUUGGAAGUCAUUUGCUUGCGAUGGUGGCGAGGUGGAGGUUUUGGAUGCCACUGAUAGACUACUGGAUGUAAGCACUCCUCUCCCUGCUGGAGAUAUAGUACAAGACAACACCGUCGACUCAAGCAACAUCUUUGACUUGAGUCAAUUGGGGCCAGGAACAGCAGAACACGUGGUGGUCCGUGACGUGACCUUUAAGGCAUUCAUCGCCACUGGUGGUGAAGUAGAAAUCCCAGACUCCACUAAAACAUCCAAGGAGAUCCGUCCUCUGCAAGGUACUGAUUCGGUUAUUACUCAAGAUCUGAGCUUUUUACCUGCCAUGAAUCGUUUGGACCAUGAUGACCCCGCGUCAUGUGGUGAAGAGACCUGCAGCCAGGAUCCGUUUAACAGAGAGACUUGUGGACAAGAGAGAGUGACAAUUCCAGGUGAGGAACAAGCUAUGACCUCCCAACUCCUGCUGACAAACAAGGAACAUCUUGCACAAGAUCUUAUUCAAAAGAGCUCCUGCCAAUAUCUUGACAUCUUCCAUACAACGCUUGCCUCCAACAAGACUCUGACGACUGAUCCAGUUGGUUUAGAGACACCAGAGAAACUCCUGUCAUCUCGUGCUGACAGCCCACUCUCUGACUUUGACACCCAUGGGCCUCUAGCUGUGGUUGCUACGCCCUCUGAGGUAAGCAAAGCAAAGGACAACGCCCUCAGGUCACCUGAGAAUGGAGCACCCCUUCCAAACUCUACAGACAAAUGUCUGGGCGAGGUUCUCCCCGAUGUUCUUAAAGUUCUCUCGGAGUGUCCCUCUGUGGCCUCAAUGGCACAUCUGAAUCUGCAGCUCAUCAGUCCUGCACGACGAGCAUCCCUAUCCCUGCUGAUGUCCAACAGGGAUUCUGACAAUGAGUCUGCUCUUGAGAAAACCGUGGUGGCUCCAGAUAAUCCAGACUUGGUUGGUUUGUGGGCGGACCACUUGGAGAGCCCCAUGCCUCGCCCCCUCUUCAACUCCACAAACCUGUACAGCAAACUCCAAAAUACAGUUCUAGAAUCAAAUGAGGAUUUAAACAGGAAGGACUGUAUUGUUCCCCAAUCAAGGGGUGUGCAGGUGUCGGGUCUUCCCAGUGAGCCAAUCAUUCCGGAGGUUCCGCUGCAGCAGCAACUACGGCAGAUGAACGAGCUCCUCAUCCUGGUGUUUGGGCAGCUGGGCCUCACUGCAUCUCCUCCUGCUGCAGCUUCUCAAGGAGCUUCCCCACCUCUUCCUCCCCCUGUAAAAUCCUCCAGCGCCUGUGUGGGCAGCACCCCAGUGAAAAUGAUGGACCAGGGUCUCAACACAUCAGGACAGUUUGAGAGGAAGAGGAACUUCUCCACAGCGGAUGCAUGCAGUCUCACCGAUCCUCUCCUGUGGAAUGUCCCCCCAGGCAGCCUGGAAUGUCUUCCAAGAGAGGAGCUGGAGCAGAGGCUGAGGUCCAGCAUGGUCGUGGUGGAGGCCUUGGUGCAGCAGCUAGUGAUGGCCAGAGCGCAUGGACGUGCCUCCGUGGGCCCGCUGCCAUCGGAGCUGAGGGACAAACUGGUGCAGACGGACCACACUGAACUCAAUCAGACCACCAUGUACAGAGACCUCUACAUGGAGGCAUUAAACAGGAUUGGCCACUUGGAGCAAGACGGGGCUUCCCUUAAGGAACUUAUCCAGUAUAUGCAGGACAUGCGGGUCACCAUGGCGUCGCUGACCAGCGACACUGAUGCAGCUCUCUCAAACAUGAAGCACAUGGAGGAACUCGUUCAACAGGAUCAUAGUAGCCUUGUUGGGCAUUAUGAAGAGAUGAAGUUCUUGUAUACAAAGUCAAAGGAGGUACAGAGCCGAAUGAUGCAGAAGGUCAAAGACGCGCUUCAGCAAAGAGACCAGAUGAAGACGCAGAUGGAUGAGGCCUUCACCGCCAAAGAGGCCGCCUUCAGUACGGUGGAGCAGCUCAGGAGUCGCUGCGCCAACGAAAUUGCGUCGCUGCAGAGUAGCAUCGGCUCUCAGCAAGAGCUCCUGGCUGCCCUCAACGCCACAUUUCCUCAGCAGGUUGCCUUAAAUGCGAGCAACACCGAAACACUGAACACUGCUUCAGAUCUUCUGUGCCAAACCAUGCAGGAACAGUCUAGUUUUAUGAAAGAACUGCACGACGUCAAGAACCUCCUGCACAGGACAGCCCCCGUCCUGAUAAAGCUGAAGAAGAAGGCGGAGGAUGCUUUGCAAGAGAGAGACGAGCACAUGUCUGCAAGAGACCAAGCUUUGGAAGACAAAGAGCAGCUGGAAGAGGAGCUGAGGCAAGCGCAGUUAAAUCUCCAAGCUGCUGGAGAACAGUUUGCUGAUUUAAAUCUACAGGUUACAAUCUUGACGUCAGAGAUCGGCGUGCUGCGUCAGAAGCUAACAGAGAGUGAGGAGGAGCGAGGUCAGUUGGAAAGGAACGUGACUGAGAUGUCGGCCACCAUGUCCUCCACGAUGGCUGCACAUACCUUCCUCGAGCACGCCCUGGCUGAAGAGACAUCCAAGUUGCUGCAGGCACAGAGCGAUGCAAGCCAGGCCAAAGACGCAGCAGACCAGUUGGCAUCAUCGCUGUACCAGGCGGAGCAGCAGGUCGAGGAGCUUGGACACACUCUUUCCAACCGUGAGGAGGAGCUUUGCAGUCUGCAGGCGCUCUCACAUUCGCAGUGCUUGGAGAUCCAGCAGCUUGGAGACGUGAGGGAAACGAAUGAGUUCCUGCAUAUGGAGAACAUGCUGGCCCGCGAGCAGAUGGCUGACAGUGAGAGCAUGCUGAGGUCCAACCUGCAGGCUCUUCGGGAGCGGAAUGUCCAGUGUGAAGACCUGAAAACGGAACUCUCUCAACUCCAGCUGGAAAGGAGCAGUGUGCAGGAGGAGCUGGAGGCCGUGCGGGCCAGAGCCAGUGCGAUCCAGCUGAAACAGGGCGAGGAGCUAGCACGGGCAGUCAAUGAAAUCACCUUACUGCAUCACACUCUGCGAGGAGUCACCAACCAGCUACACAAUGCCCUAGAGAAACCAGACGCAAAUACUCCUCAACCAGCCGUCCAAGUGGAACGCCAUCACCCGCCUGCUUCCUUUGUGGACUGCGUCAUGGUUGCAUUAACUGCAGAGAAAGAUGAAGAGGCGCCGACCACAACACUCAAAGCUGUCACCGCGGACUCACCUCAGUCGCGAGGUGAAGCUGUGUUCAGAGAGAAGAGCGCCUUCACCCGCGUCGGCGUCACUCCGAAAAAAAAAGAGCCAGAGCCGGAGGAGGACCAGGGGGAGGAUGAGCAGCACAGCAGUGCGCUGGAGCUGCUGGCCCACCUGAGUAACACCAUCACGGAGCUCGUCACCACCCUAGAGGCUGUGCAACAGGACAAGGACACUCGGGCGCAGGAACUGCAGAGCAACAUUUGUAGCCUGGAGAUGGCGCUACAGUCUGCAAACAGCCAGCACGAGUCUGAGGUGUUUGAGCUGAAGGAUCAGUUGAACCGCGUGACCACUCUGAUGGAGAAAGGCAACCAAGCUCUGCAGCAAAAAGCUGAGGAUGAGAAGACGAUCAUAAAUUUGGGGGCAGAAGUCAACAAGGCCCAGGAGCUUUUAACCAAACAGAAGAGUGACCAUAAUGAGUUACGGAAGGAGGUAGUGGAGCUGCGUCGCUCUCUGCAGCAGACUCAAACGGAGGCUCAACUACUGCGGGCCGAACUGAGAAAAGCAGGAGGUCAGACGACCAGCGAUGCCCACUUUAUGGAUGAGAAGCUCCACUUGUUGAAAGAGGUGGACAGACUGAAGGCGACCAUUCAGGAGGUGGAGCAUGCUCGAAGUAAACUGCUAGAAAAAGCCAAGCGACACCAAAUGAUCCACCAGUUGAACCAGCAGAAGAGUGAGAAGGAGCUCCACAUGUUGAAUAACAUGAUCAAUAAAGUGAGAGAGACGUUGUUGUGUUUGCCCGACGUUGUGAAGAACUGUGAGCAUCUUCAGCAGCUUUUAGAAUAUUUAGGGUGAUGUGUUGCAGCUUUUGUGUUUGUUUUAUAUGCCGUGUAUCUUCUUCGAUAUUAAGCAUCUUGUCAAUGCCUCCAACUUUAACAGACUUUGAUAUGCUCUAUUUUUAUCGCAACAAUUUAAUACAUCAUAGGGCAUUUUUGCUGUUAUUUUUUUUUAUACUACAACAUUUUCAUUUUCUCUGAUUUGCUACUGUUCAUGUAUGUGAAUAUUUGAAUAUCUGACUUUACUAACAAUUACUAACAAAAGGCUUUAACUUAUCAUUUGAAAUAUUUUCAAAAUAAACAAAUACUAACAAAGUGUAUCUACGGUGUAUAAACAAUGUUGUAUUAAUAUUGCUAAUGUUUAAUUGAUAAUUAAAGUAGGAUUAAAAAAGGUUUUUUUUUCUUUAUUGUGCAAACGUCCCCCUAAAAUUGUGGAAAGUAAAAAGUGGUCCAUUACAUAAAACAAUAAUUAUGAUCAGAAGCUAGAAGGUGCUAAGUGUUUUAUAACAUCAUGUCUUGAAUUAAACGACAUACUUUGACCAGGUAAUACAUGCAACAGUGCUAUUAGCACUUAUGCUAACAUGAGAUGUGUCCUGAUUGGUCCAUUCUAACUGACCACUCAAGUACUGAGGUUAUGUGGUCAAAGUUUUUUAUACAUGUUUUGUAGUAAAUACACCAUUUUGUGUUGUGUUUAUGUGCACAAUAUGUCGAUGGCGUGAUCGUAUUUUAGGCUCAAUCUGUGUUUAAUGUGGGGAAAACG